AUGACAGCCACUGUGGCUUUCCUGCUCCUGAGCCUUCUGAGGAUGGCCGCUGCCAAGGGAACGCGGUGCCCAGCCUGUGGGCUGGCAGCCCUGGCACCCAGCACGCAGCGGGACGUGCUGCUGGCGCUGGCCAAGCAGAGCAUCCUCUCCAAGCUUGGCUUGCCGGACAGGCCCAACACCACCCAGCCCAUGCCCCGGGGGGCCCUGCUGACUGCUCUCCACAGGCUGCGUGCGCAGCACACGGACACGGCUGAACCCCCAGGGGCACCCCGGGGUGGCAGCAGCCCACGCCUGCGUCCCGGGAGGGGUCUACAGCAAUACGAGAUCCUGAGCUUUGCCGAAUCAGGGUCCUCCACCUCCCGCAGUGUCCUCCUGCAUUUCCGCUUCACCCGGGACCUGUCCGGGAGCACCGAGAUCCUCCGGGCCACCCUCUACCUCUUCUGGGCAGUGCCCGGCCCCGGGACUCAUCCUGUCACCAUCAGGCUCUUGCAGCCAGACCCGGCGGGGCUGAACACGACGGUGACCGGCGAGAGCCGGCUGGAGGUGCAGAGGAGCGGCUGGACCUCACUAGACGUGGGUCAAGCUGUCCAGCAGCUCUUUGGCCACGGCAGUCAGAGGCUGACCGUGGAGCUGGAGGUGCCGGAGGCCCGGGGGUCUCCCCUGCUGGCUGACCACAGCGGCUCUCGCUGGCCAUUUGUGGCAGCCCAGGCUCGGGUCAGGACACCGCACCGCGUCCGGCGGCGCAGCAUCGACUGCAGCGGCGACUCCCGGACGUGCUGCCGCAAGGACUUCUUCGUGGACUUCAAGGAGAUCGGCUGGGAGGAUUGGAUCAUCCAUCCCGAGGGCUAUCACAUGAACUACUGCGCGGGGCUCUGCCCCCGGCACAUGGCUGCCGCCCCCGGCCUCGCCGCCUCCUUCCACACCGCCGUCCUCAACCUCAUCAAAGCCUCCAACGCAGAGGCCGCCGCCGACUCCUGCUGCGUCCCGACCCAGCGCCGCCCGCUCUCGCUGCUCUACUACGACAGGGACGGCAACAUCGUCAAGACCGACAUCCCCGACAUGAUCGUGGAUGCCUGCGGCUGUACUUGA